AUGGGGAUGUUGUGGUUGGGGUCACGGAGGGCUGCUGCUGCCGGUGUGCACAUUUGUACAGCUCAGACAGCCACACAACCAGAGUCAGAUCUAGACAGCCACAGACAACCAGAGUCAGAAAGACAACAGACAACCAGACUAGACAGCAGACAGCCACAACCAGAGAGAUCUAGACAGCCACAGACAACCAGAGAGAUUUCUAGACAGCCUCAGACAGCCACAGACAACCAGAACAACCAGAGAGAUUUUAGACAGCCUCAGACAGCCCAGAGAGUCAGAUCUAGACAGCCACAGACACCAGAGUCAGAUCUAGACAGCCACAGACAACCAGAGAGAUUUCUAGACAGCCUCAGACAGCCACAGACAACCAGAGUCAGAUCUAGACAGCCACAGACAACCAGAGUCAGAUCUAGACAGCCACAGACAACCAGAGAGAUUUCUAGACAGCCUCAGACAGCCACAGACAACCAGAGUCAGAUCUAG